ACGAUGAUGCCGAAGAAAGUCGUGAUCGUGUUAACCUUAGCGGCCCUAUCAAAUGCCGCGAUGGUCUCGCCGAUGGCGAAACAAGAUACCAUAGAACCUCCCGCUAGUGAACCUUCUACUCUGAGUCCCAUCAUCACAAGUUCUGCAAUGACUAGUCCUACUACAACGGAACUGAUUACUUCCACCGAUGCCGUUACCAAUAAUCCUUCAACUACCACGAUCAAGCCUUCCACCGAGGAUCCCAGGAUUUGCUCACAAAGUACAAACACUGCCGUAUGCUUGGACUGUAACAAGAUCUCCGUCUGCUUGAAUGAACGACCUCUCCCGGGGAAGGAUUGCCCUCAGCAAACUCCGUACUGUGUAAACGCCGAAUCGGGUAGCCACUGUUCCGCACAACCUGAUCCAGAGAAAGUGCAGUGCCAGGAUAGGUUCCAAUGCACAUCGCAAGGUUACUUCCCCGAUCCCCACGAUUGCCACUACUUCUACGUCUGUGACGCCGACCUGAAACCGUUCAAGUACGACUGUAUGCCUGGUUACGUGUACGACGUGAACUCCAACAACUGUCGCUGGCCUGGAUUCCUGUACGAGUGCCGGAAACUUGACUGCUCUCGAUCGAACGGAGUCUGGACCUAUUUCGGCUCGAAUAGGCAAUACUACGCGUACUGUUAUCAUACGGAGGUGGGCCGCAACGAGGUGGCAGUCUUCAAGUGCAGUGACGGUGCCACGUUCGAUGGAAUUCAGUGCCAGUACAAGUGUCGGGGUGAGGGUCGGUUCCCCGAUUCGCAGAGUAAAAGUCGGUACUUCGAGUGUUACGUUUCCGGCUUGGCGCUCAGGUCUCGCGUGAAGGAAUGCUCCCCCGGAAUGGUGUUCGAUAGGGAGCGAAAAAUGUGUGUGCCCCAGCGGAGAACGGUUUCAGGAUAGAAUGAUAUAUGCGGUCGAAGAAUGGUGCAAUUAAGGCAAUUUAUUUAGUCCCGUGUCAAUGGUUUCAUAAAUCACUACACUUUGUUUGGUAAAAGGCUUAAUGGUGCUAA